CUAACUUUGCAGGGUUGUAUAUCCAUAAGCAUGACUUUGCACCAAACAAGCUUUUGCUUCGUGUGUAGUCACUUGGCUUCUGGGGAGAAGGAAGGAGAUGAGCUGAGAAGAAACACAGAUGUAGCGGAAAUUCUCAAGGGCACACAAUUCGCCAGAAUUUGCAAGAGUCCAAGUCGUGGAAUGCCUGAAAGAAUUAUUAAUCAUGACCGCACGAUUUGGCUAGGGGACUUGAAUUAUAGAGUGGCUUUGAGCUAUGAAGAGACGAGAUUUCUAUUAGAGGAUAAUGAUUGGGACUCUCUUCUAGAGAAAGAUCAGCUAAAUAUGGAGAGAGAAUCGGGAAGAGUGUUCAGUGGGUGGAAUGAGGGCAGGAUAUUUUUCGCACCAACUUACAAAUAUUCAGAUAAUUCAGACUCCUACACUGGAGAGACUGUUAAAUCCAAGAAGAAACGAAGAACCCCUGCAUGGUGUGACAGAAUAUUAUGGCGAGGCAAUGGUAUUGAACAGUUAUCGUACAUUCGCGGGGAAUCGAGGUUUUCUGAUCAUAGACCAGUAUGUGCAGUCUUCGCUGUGAAGGUGGAGAUGAAAAACAAAAAUGCUUCAAAAUUUAGGAAUGGUUUUACAUGCACAGGCACAAGAAUGGAAUAUGAAGUGUGUUUUCCUCAAAUGCAUUGUUAUUAUGAGUUAUAGUUAUAUGUACCCUUUGAAAAGCAUUGUAUGUAUGUUCUGUGUUUAGGAUACAAUACUUUUCUCUUCAUCUUC